UCUGCAAGCAGUAAAACAUUACGCCAUCCUCCGCUAGGCUCCGUUUUUCCCUUCUUUGAGGACUGACAGCAGUUGUGUGCUCAGCCACAUUUUGUGCAUCUGCCGGGACUGCAGCGCAUUGCAAUGCAGAAGGGAAGAAUUCGGGUAUGAUGCCUGUAUGAGCUGCUCUUUUGGAGGCACACAGCAGCAGCAACCACCGGUGCGGAAAGAGUGUGGGGAGGCGGUCGCGGAGUUUAUGUGCAAACCUCUGGACGAAGAGAACCGAAGUGCCUCUGCAGCACCGCAGCUUUUCACAGUGAUACCGUCCCGUUACGUGACCACGCGCCCAAAGCUGCCCCUCAGUCGGUGUGAGGUGGGAGGGGGCCCCUACCGCGGCACCCCGCCCGUCUCGCUUCAUUUGGACUGCAGGGCUAACGACCUAAACCGUGAAAUCCCCGCGCACAAAGCAGCGACGGGGUCUCGCCAGCAGCACCGUUUUCCUCCAUCCCGCACCGCUGCGUCAAAGGUUGUCUUUGCCAUCGGAUAAAACAACAAAGGCUGUGACUGUUAAACACCUUCGACUUGUACAGAACAUCAAAGGGCCACUAUGGGAGCUUCAAAAGAGAGGGAGUCAACGGAUCAUUUCCAAAGUUCCAACAUGUUCUCUACACCGACUCCCAACCAAAUCGACAGAAUGCAUUGUUUUGACAACCAGUCCUUUCGAUAAGAACAUCCUCCUCAUUUCUCCGUCUUUAGUUUUGCCAUUUCCUGUUGUUUUUGCUUCUCAUAGUUGCCUCUUCACUAGUUGCACAACAUGCGUCCUUCCCUCGCCACAGCAGUCCUUCCAGCUAGGACCCGCUCCCACAACCCACCCAACCUGGCCGUUGGAGGCCGUGAACACUUGUCGGCCCCACGCAGGCGUAGCCCUCAUCUGCGGCACACCCUCAGUCCAGAAAACCUUCGGACGCUGGCAGAGAGGGGAGGGGCAGCCGUCGAUGCCACCUCUGUCGUUAGUGUCCCUAUUGGGCUCACACGAGCCAACAGCGACACAGACCUGGUGACCUCCCAGAGCCGGUCCUCACUAACGGCAUCCACUCUGGAGCACACGUUGAACCAAGGCCAGAAUCUUGUCAUAUCCUGGGACAUAAAGGAGGAAGUGGAUGCCACAGACUGGAUUGGGUUGUACCAUAUCGAUGAAACCAGUCCAUCCAAUGUGUGGGACUGUAAAAACAGAGGAGUGAAUGGCACCCAGAAAGGCCAGAUUGUUUGGAGAUUGGAGCCUGGGCCCUACUUUAUGGAGCCUGAAACUAAGGUCUGUUUCAAAUACUAUCAUGGCGUGAGUGGAGCACUGAGGGCAACAACCCCCUGCAUCACUGUGAAGAAUCCAGCAGUCCUGGUGGAGGGGCUGGCAGAGCAGAUCGGUGUUGAGCAUCCUCGGAAACUGAUCAGCUUUACUUUAACAGAUUUGCGUGCCACUGGUUUGAAGAAGGGCAUGUUUUUUAAUCCUGACCCAUAUCUGAAGAUGUCCAUCCACCCUGGAAAGAGGAGCGUCUUCCCCGUCUUCAGCCAUCAUGGACAGGAGCGCAGAUCAGCCAUCAUCGCUAACACAACCAACCCCGUCUGGCACGGAGAGAAAUACACAUUUGUGGCCCUGAUGACUGACAUCCUCUACAUCGAAGUGAAGGACAAGUUUGCAAAAAGCAGACCCAUCAUCAAACGCUUCCUUGGUCAGCUGACUAUCCCAGUGCAGCGUCUCAUUGAAAAAAUACCUGGUGUCCAGCCUGUGAGUUUCUCCCUGUGUAGACGUUUGCCCACCGAACAUGUCAGUGGGCAGCUGCAGUUCAAAGUCGAGCUAACCUCCACCGGGCCAGACGGUGCCUCUCCUGACUCUAUCAUUGGCAUUUCAAAUUUGAACGGAGCUCCAGGAACUCCAUCUGAUGACGAGGACCUGCCUCAUCAUCUUCCAGGAAUGGUCUCAGCGGGCCCCUCACCAACUGGCUCCCAGGGCUCUCAAGGCAUGUGGGAAGGUGGAGCUACGGCCUGUCCGGAAAAAGACCUGUCUCUUGUCGGAGCAGAGGGCAGAUUUGUAGAACCUGAGAUUCUUUCAAGCCACGAAAUGCUCCAGAGGUCACUUAGUGAGGGUCUGGAUGCUAUCGAGGCUCCUAAAGGCCCCGGUGAGAGACCUCUGUGUGCUGCUUCGCCUAAACUGUGCUCUAGUUUCCCCACACACACGAGGCUUAGUGCCAUGUUGCACAUAGAUUCGGAUGAGGAUGAGGAGAGAUCUGGGAUCAAUGACAUUCCCCCGGUGCCGUUGUCACCGCUGCUGAUGAACGGAGAACCUCCAGAUGUCGUUGGUCCAGAUGAAGACGACCCAUUUCCUGAGCUUCAGAAUGAGCCUGAGCAACCGGAGCAGUCGGUGCGGGAGGAGGAGCCCCCGGGUGCAGGCCCCGGGACAGAAGAUGCGCCUCCUGAGGCAGAGGUGGCCCCAGAUGUAGAGGCAAAUCUGGACUUAGAAGAUGUUUUAGAGCCAGAUGUUUUCCUUGAGGUGGAGGAGACUACUUUCACACAGGCCAUAUCCCAUAAUACUUUGCCAGAGGUUGGAGAGGUGGCUGGGCAAGGAAGCGGGGCUGGCGAGGACCCUUCUUCAGAGAUUGACACCUGCUCGAUGGCGACAGCACCACAAACCAUCUUCUCAUCAUCAGAGAGCUGUCCAGUCACGCUGACCACUGCUGUGGAAGCAGAGGAUGGGGCAGAGACAGCGAUAGAUCCAGGGGGAGAUGUAGAGUCCGGUACCCCACCAACUGGCCAGACUGUAGAUGAUGAGGGUGGUGGGCAAGCUGCAGUCACUCAGGCUGAAGGAGAGGCAGCACCUGCUAGCCAACAAGAAGAGGUGGAGGAGAUCAACACAAGGAGACUCAGUCUGCAGGCUGCAGGAGGAGUGGAUGAAGACCAGGAAGGCGAGGAAACGAAGGCAUGUGAGGAGGUUGCUUCUGUGGAUUCAGAGCAAGUUGCCACGGAAACAGACAGAGAGAAAGGAGCCGACGUCAACGGCCAUCCUGUACGCUCACUCCCCUCAGUGCGUCAUGACAUUCAUCGAUACCAGCGAGUGGACGAGCCUCUGCCUCCCAACUGGGAGGCCAGGAUCGACAGUCAUGGGAGGAUCUUCUUUGUGGACCACGUGAACAGGACCACCACGUGGCAGCGUCCCACGGGACCUCCCGCCCCACAGGGCCUGACCCGCUCCAACUCCAUUCAGCAGAUGGAGCAGCUCAACCGCAGAUAUCAGAGCAUCAGGAGGACGAUAACCAACAGUGAUCGAUCAGAGGAAAGCUCAACCAACCUGCUUCCGGAACCAGAGAAUGAACUGAUGCCCCACUCUAUUCCUGAGUACCGCCGAGAGAGCGCUGUUGCUCACUCCAGCGGCCGCUCGCGCCUCUCCCUGCUGCUGCAGUCACCCAGCGCCAAGUUCUUGUGCAGCCCCGACUUCUUCACAGUGCUGCAUUCAAACCCCAGUGCCUACCGCAUGUUUACGAGCAACACCUGCCUGAAGCACAUGAUCAGUAAGGUGCGCCGAGAUGCUCAUUACUUUGAGCGCUACCAGCACAACCGUGACCUCGUCACCUUCCUCAACAUGUUCUCCAAUAAGCAGCUGGAGCUUCCUCGGGGCUGGGAGAUGAAGCACGACCAUACCGGGAAGCCAUUUUUCGUGGAUCACAACUGUCGCUCAACAACCUUCAUUGACCCACGGCUGCCCCUCCAGAGUUCUCGCUCCACCGGACUGCUGGCCCAUCGCCAGCAUCUGAGCCGCCAGCGCAGCCACAGUGCUGGGGAGUGCUUACUUUUGUCCCAGGUGGUGGACGACUCUCGCCAAAGCAACCCACCUGUCAUGCCCCGCCCCUCCAGUACGUUCAGCGGCUCCAGUCGAAGUCAGUACUAUGACGUGGUACCUGUGGCUUACAAUGACAAGAUAGUUGCGUUUCUACGGCAACCCAACAUCUUCGAGAUCCUGCAGGAAAGGCAGCCUGAGCUUGCCAGGAACAACUCGCUCAAAGAUAAGGUGCAGUUCAUUCGUAGUGAGGGGGUCAAUGGGCUGGCUCGUCUCUCGAGUGACGCUGACCUCGUCAUGCUGCUGAGCUUAUUUGAGGAGGAAGUGAUGUCGUAUGUACCACCGUUACUCCACCCAGGUUACUCCCUCUCUUCUCCUCAGAGCUCCCCUGGCACCCAGCGAGCAAACGCCCGAGCUCCUGCUCCCUAUAAACGAGAUUUUGAGGCUAAACUGAGGAACUUCUAUCGAAAGCUGGAGACAAAAGGUUAUGGGCAGGGACCGGGGAAAGUCAAGCUCAUCAUACGCAGAGACCACCUGCUGGAGGACGCCUUCAACCAGAUCAUGUGCUACUCCCGUAAAGAUCUACAGAGGAGUAAGCUCUAUGUGAGCUUUGUAGGCGAGGACGGGCUGGACUACAGUGGACCCUCCAGGGAAUUUUUCUUUCUGGUGUCAAGAGAACUGUUCAACCCAUACUACGGACUGUUUGAGUACUCGGCCAACGACACGUACACUGUUCAGAUCAGCCCCAUGUCUGCAUUUGUAGACAACCAUCAUGAAUGGUUUCGCUUCAGUGGGCGCAUCCUGGGGCUGGCCCUCGUUCACCAGUACCUGCUGGAUGCAUUCUUUACCCGUCCGUUUUACAAGGGGCUUCUUCGCAUCCCAUGUGACCUGAGCGACCUGGAGUUCCUCGAUGAGGAGUUCCACCAGAGCCUGCAGUGGAUGAAGGACAAUGACAUCGAAGACAUGCUGGACCUUACCUUCACUGUCAACGAGGAGGUCUUUGGACAGAUCACAGAGAGAGAGCUGAAGCCAGGCGGGGCUGGUAUCCCUGUCUCAGAGAAAAACAAGAAGGAGUAUAUUGAGCGAAUGGUCAAGUGGCGCAUAGAGAGAGGAGUCGCACAGCAGACGGAGAGCCUGGUUCGAGGUUUCUAUGAGGUGGUGGAUGUGCGGCUGGUGUCUGUCUUUGAUGCCAGGGAGCUGGAGCUGGUCAUUGCCGGAACGGCAGAGAUUGACCUGGCAGACUGGAGGAACAAUACAGAGUACAGAGGAGGUUACCAUGACAACCACAUUGUGAUUCGCUGGUUCUGGGCAGCAGUGGAGAGAUUCAACAAUGAGCAGAGGCUGCGGCUGCUGCAGUUUGUAACAGGCACCUCCAGUAUUCCCUACGAAGGUUUUGCGUCUCUAAGAGGUAGUAAUGGACCCCGCAGGUUCUGUGUGGAGAAGUGGGGAAAAAUCACCUCGUUACCCAGGGCUCACACUUGCUUUAAUCGUCUGGACCUCCCACCCUACCCCUCCUUCUCCAUGCUCUACGAGAAGCUGGUAACCGCUGUGGAGGAAACAAGCACGUUCGGCUUGGAGUAACUUCAACAUCAGCGGGCAAUCAGGCUUACCUCGGGAGAGAGAAAACCAUCUGGAAAUCUGUGUCUCACUAAGGAGGAACAUGGAAGAUAAAACUUAACCCCCCGCCCUCCGUUUUUUUUCUCACCGGCUUUACAUCCGUCAGCAUGCAGGCCUCACUCUGAUUCUCUGCUUUGCUCUAUCAUGUUGACGUUGAUUGAGUUAACAUCUUCAGGAAGAGACUGAGAAUCCGAAGCGUGUUUGGAAAGCUGUACAGUACAAUUUCUUAUUCCCAUGGUAACCAGUGUUCACUGAGCCACGUGUGCUUUAUCUCUUUGGUUGAUGGCCUUGGUUACUGGACUUGUUACUGGACUCUCCUCCCCCUGACCUGCACCUCAAAGACAGUUGGACCUUGAAACUGUGUCUGUCUCACACAGGGCCUACGGUGUUAGAAAAUAUAAUGUACCCUCACACACCAAUCACCUUUUGCACAAAUGUGACAUUUUCUUUAUAUUCCUUUAUGGUGCAGACCGGUGUUUCUCCUAGAGAUUUUCUAUCAGCGAUGAAACAAGGGACAUUCUAGACAUUUACGUAACUGCUUGUUGAAAGGAAGGGGAUACACCGGUGGGCACAAAUCACUUGUUCAAAGAGUGAACAUUUAGUUGUUUUCACACCUUCAUUCCUGAAUAAGAUGGAUAAGAGUCACAAAAUCUUAGAGCAUUUCAGACACAUGGUCAUAAUGAUGGCAGGUUCUGUUCAGGUUUGUUAACUCUUCAAAGUUAAAGACACAUCUGAGAAAAGUUGCUACUUCGUAAAACCAACACCCAGUAUCACAGAAAAAACACACUGGGAAAACAUCACAGCAUUAGCCAGGUACCUUUGGGUGUGCUUCCCAACAGACUCGCUCCAUUCACGCAACUGUCUGAUAGAAAUGCAGGGCUUCACAUAUUUUUGACGAGUUACACACAAAAAGUUUGAAAAAGAAGCUCUUUCUCACUGAUGUAAUCACUUUCCGUCGGGGUGAUGAAUGUACCAAAUCACUGAGUGAAUGUAUGAGUCUCCAGCAACAGAAGCCUGAGAGGAAACACAUGCUGGAAAUAUACAAAAUGUGACACGACUGUGAUGAUGAGAAGAGCCUGGUUAGCUGGAAGACAGAGGGUUUGGCAUGUUCCUGGUUAGUGGUUGGAUUUAUUUUUAGUGCCUGUUAGCUGUUAGGAAAAAAAAGUGACAGGUGGAGCUUCAGUUUAAAAAGUCAGAUUUCAACACGAGAGCAAUGAUGUGCUCCACCACUGCUGGGAGCCACAUCAGAUACCCAGUGAUUAUGCUGUUACUGAAGGACCUGACCAGACGUGAUGCUGAUGUUGUUACAUAUCGACUUGUAGAACUUGUGACAUCAAUCCCAGUUCUGUGAGCAUUUCUUUACCUAAGUGCACAGCCCAAACCCCGACAACCCCUUUCCCUCUCACACACGUCUUUCAUACAUGUGAGAAAAAAAACACACACUUGCUCAUUUUUAUGCAGGUGCAUGCGAGAUUACACCUACUGUACAGACACCUGUUGGAGUUAGACCACCGGGGCUGGAGUAAUGGUUGAACUGAGGUCUGAGGGUGGAUGUUGUUAUCCCAGCCCCCCACCCCCAACCCAAAUAAUGCAUGCAGGAUGUGCCUGCUCGGCUCUGUGAGCUGUGCCUGGCAGAAACUCCUAGGUGGCAUUGUGUUAUAGCUCGAUAUUGCAUGCUGAAAUAGUGCAACACACAGUCCUUACUAGCUUUUUUGCAUGAGGAUAUCGCCAUCCAUUCAAACAAACGGAGCUGGUUAAGUUGUGCCACUUAGGUUGUGGCGCUCACUUAAAGCAUGCAGCCUUAUGCUUACCUGGCACUGUCACACCUUAAGUGUUAUGAUCACAGGAAGAACUUAAAGGGAAUAGGUGCUUUAAGAACGGACAGUGAGUAAAUACAGUUUUUUCUUCGACAGUGUAACGGUGAGUAUCUCGGCAGCAUGUUUCUGAAAUGUUGUCACUUUCACAUGUAUGUGUCUGCCUAUCUUAGUAAUAGGUUGAUGGUUAUGGUUUCAUUGCUCACAAUCAAGUAAUGAAUCAACAGGGCUGUUUCGAUUUUAGAGAAAUGUGAGAGCACAUGUAUGUGUACCAUACGUGCAGUCCUGAUUGUCUCUUUGUAUAUAAAUGUAUGUGUAUGUCUGUCCUGUUGUGUGUAUAAAUAUAUAUUUUGCACUGAAUGUACCAAAGUUUGGGGCUUGCAAAGUCAACCAUUAGGCGUGCUCUCUACAUCAGUCAAACAAACAUAUCCCACUUCUGGCUUCUGCCAAAUUCUUGCAAAAGGUCACGUCAUGCUUGCUUGACAGGCAGGUUAGUGGCAUGAGCAGCAACACUUCACGUUAGGAUGUGCAAUGCGCCUCUUUGGCCAGUUAGCUGAACACCAAAAUGAAGCUACCCUGGUGCAGAGGAAUGGUAAAACUUUGCUUCACAUCCAGAUAAAGCCAGACACACCUCUCAUUUCUUCUAAAACAUUUCUGAUAGAAUCCAGUUCCACUUUUCAGAAUUUCACUCUAUGCAAAGCUCCUGUAUGUAUGUCUCCAGUUCACUCCAAUGAUUGUAAUAAAAGAGAACAAAUAGAA